CAAUGACGACAUGCACUCAACCUCGAUGAAUAACCCCAUUUCAUCGAGCAGCCGAUACUUUCACCAACCAUUUCAAACUCUAAACUUAUUUUCAUGAUCUUAAGUCUGAUUGAGAUUUAAGCUAGGACGCCUUUCAGCACCCUUACGAGCUUUAUUUCAGUCACGUUCGCUCAAAACCCCAUCACAGACCCUGACCCUGACUAACACGCCCAUAAUUAGUUAAAACAUAUUCGCCCCCUUGCAACUCCUAAAAAUGGCGGGUCGACUUGCCGAUAAGGCCCAAGAGGUUGUGAAAGAGGAGUAUGACAAAGCCAAGCUCCUCCUCAACGACGCAGCGAGGAGUGGUUCCUACAUGUAUCCCAUCAAGGGUAUUUUCUACUUGAUCAGCCACCCCGAGCUGUGGAAGCCGCUGCGGUCGAGGCUGCUCCCCUACCUGACCCUCUACUCGAGCGUGCUCGGGUCCAUGUUCUUCUUCACCUACCUCCCGCAGCUCGCCGUCAUGGCCUUCGCAAACGGGCCGCUCGCCGUCUUCACGACCGCCCUCCUCAUCCUGAACGAGAGCUCGACCAUCACGGGCAUCCUGUCCAAGAACUACGUCCUGCAGGACGCAAUCCUGGACACGUUUGACGGCACGCUGCUGGCCCGUAACAAGGGCGACGUCGUUGCCGAGGGGAGGGAGGUCAAGACGCGCGGCGACUCGAUCCAGAGGCUGGGCAAGGCGCUCAAGAAACCCUUCAGGUGCUUCAGCAUCAACGAGCUGAUUCGAUAUGUCAUGUAUCUGCCUCUGAACAUUGUCCCUGUUGUGGGCACCGUAACCUUCCUCCUGCUACGAGGACGAUCUCGUGGCGAAUCUGUUCAUGAUCGGUACUUCCAACUGAAAGGGUGGACAAGUUCCAAGAGAUCCAAGUGGCUCAAGGACCAUAAGGGGCCUUAUACUGCAUUCGGCACUGUUGCCACUCUACUCGAGAUGAUCCCGGUUGCUUCGAUCGUCUUCUCCUUCACCAACACAGUUGGGGCUGCGCUCUGGGCGGCUGACAUCGAGGCUAAGGAGAGCCAUAUGGCCGGUAGCACAGCGCCGGAGCUGCGGGAAGCGGCCAAGAAAGCCGAGUAAGAAGUGCUACCGGAGCAGACCGAUAGGGCCACUUCAAACGUGCAUUUUGGAGGGUCGCACCUUUCGAUCGCGUGUAGCUCUCCUGCAUGAUCUCAGCUUGAUGCAGUGGCACGCACACGAAAGUACAGGGUUGGCGAUGGCAAGGAGGUAAACGAGGGCUCACAGCACCACGGCAGUAGGACAUGUCGCGGCAGCCUGGGAGCUUUGGUACUUUGGUGAAUUAAAAAAAAAAAACCAGAUUGGAGAUGAUUGGGUGUCGAGGUCGUCGAGCAACGCAAUACACAACCUGCUUAUUUUAAAACUGUUCGGAGGUUGGAGGGUGCGGUGGGCUCCCAGAUAGCAGAGAAUGAGACGCCUUUUUUUUGUUUUUGGCACUUCUCAUGCCUUCCUGAAAAC